AUGCUAGGUGUGGUUAUUGCUCAGGUCAUGCGUCUUCAGCAUAGCCUUACUCCUAACCCAGUCUUGGGUUACUUUGCCGUCAGUAUACCCUUGUCAUCUGCUUGUCACGCGUCAGCAAUCGUUGUGUCGGUCCUGGGAGCUAUUCGAUUCUUUCAGUAUCAGAAGGAAAUGGCUCGGGGCUACGCUGUUUCAGGUGGAUGGGAAAUAAAAACUGUGGGCACACUGGCCGCCAUGGUUUUGUUGUCAAUGUUCUGUCUCGCAGUGGCCAUUACAAUCGAAAAGAGUUGA